CAUCUCAGAGCUCUGUUGCGUUUGUCGUCCUCAAGCGGGCCGCACAUCGCAUCGUCUCGUCGUCGCUGUCGGUUUGCAUACUCGCGCGCGCUCCUCGCGAUUUUUCCUCUUGAACCACAUAUCAUCAGCAUCGUUAGCAUCGCCGUCGUCGUCGUCGUCAUCAUCGUCAUCGUCUUCCAAACCAGGAAGAAUCCGAUCCCGUAACGGUAACGGAAGCAACAAUCCCAACUCGCCAAGGUGUCCAAACCGCGCAGUAAAGCCACCAGAAACAGUACGAGUAACAUCAACGCCUUUCAAGCGACGAACCUCCUCGAGACUACCGCUCAAUGUCACCCCAUCGCCGAGAACCAAGAUUACAAUCUCAAGAGUGACCAGGCAAGUGACAACCGUCGUCGUAGUCGAAAGUGCAAGUGACCACAAGUGUGUGCCAACCAGCUGCCAUUAGGAGACUAAUUAGCCCAUCGAAUCAUUAAAACUGCCAUCACCAGUCGAGAGUGAUCUCGAUAACGCAACAAACUCGCCGUAACCAGUAGGAGGAUCAUCGUCAUCACGCACGCGGGAGCCAGAGAAAAAAACAUACCUGAAGAAGCAACGGCUCAAGAAAGUGCUGGGUGUUGUUAUGUGCUCUAGUGUGUAGUGACAGCAGCGGGCGAAAAAAAAAAGAGUCAACUUAGCGCACGAUUAAAGAUAAUGACAAAUGAUUACCGGUCGGUCCAUCCAACCACCGUCGGUAUUAUAAGCGUAUGUGAGUUUUGCGGGCUAAUUGUCACCGUCGUCGUCGUCGUCAUCGUCGGCGUGUGAGAGAAGAAAGUGAAACUGUAGCAAGCGGGCCAGAUCUCUUCAAGGUCCCCCUAGGAAGUGCGGUGGAAAAAAAAUCAAGUGUCCCACGGUCGCCACCGCCGUCGGUUGCGUGAAUUGAGAGAAGUGAAGUCAUUUGCGAUUAAUUGAACGCAAAACCGGACCCCGGACGAAACGUGAAGUGAGUUUUUUUUUUCCUGCACCAAUCCGAUCGGGUUCGGAUUAAAUUAUUAAAAAAUAUUGGACGGACCAUCAGGGCCCCCGGUUUAUGCUAAUUAGUGAGACGCCGUCCCGGUGGAGGAAACGCUCGGUAAUAGGACGGGAACGAGUGCAAAAACUGAAGAUCCGCGCUCUCGGGUAUUUGGCCUUUAGGGAAGGUAAAAACAUUGCCAUUCUCUGUCGAUCCUCCGCGUUCGAAGGAAAACCAGGCCGAAGUGAUCGUUGACUCUUUUUUUUUUUGUUUUCCUUUUUGGCCCGUGGAGGUCCUGCCUCAAGAGAGCCUCCGACAGUGAUUACGUGGUUGUUCCUGACCUUUGCGAUAGCGGGUCGGUGUGAUCUUUUCGUGCAAAAUUCCUUGCUCCGCAUCUGCUUCGGAGAAGACAUUCAACAACGAGCGAAGAUCCAACAACGAAAAAAACAAGAUCAUACCCGCGCGCACAUUGCUCUCGUUCGACAAUCAGCUCACGUCCACAGCGAAAUGAUGAAAAUAUGCGCAAAAAGUCAGCCACUUCACUACGGUCUCGACUCGGAGUGACCUUUCCUGUGGAUCUUCUAGACGGGGCUUACUCGACUCGAUCGAGAGUGGAUGUACCGACAUAUGUUUGUGUUAUAAAUAAUCUCAAGUGCCCCAGCCUCCAAAAAGGAGCGAUAUCUUCCUGCGUGUAAUAUUUCUUGCCUCGAACCUCUUCACACCGACCACGACAACGCCGUCCAGUUGUGUGAGAGAGUGACUUUUAACGAGUGAAGUUCAGUGAAACAUUUACACUAAAACGAGGUACAUUGUACGUUGCAGCAGUUCAAACUUUUCAUCCUUCGAGGGCGCGCAUAAUAUCACGACGAGUGCGUGUGUGACAUUAAGAUUGAGCCAUAAACAGGGAUAGAGAGCAAGUCCGAAGUGGAAUUCAAGAAGAUUCGAAAAUUUCCCGAAAACUCAACUCGAGGCGCGUGUGUAUCAAGAAGAAGAGCCCUCAGCCCGAAAUCGAAACAACAGUGUGAUUCUUUGUUGCAGUAGUUUUUUUUUUUUAAAGUCACACUUUCAAGUGGCUUCGGAACCUCCCAAGACCCCAAGCAAGAAGCGAUAGAGGGAAGAGUCAGUGUUAAACUCGAAUCCGAGUGACGAGGAGAGUGAAGUGGAUCAACAUAUCUGGCGAGACUUUUGGGAGAUAUCAUCAUCGUUGCCAAAAAGAAUCCGGUGCUCUGGCUGAAGCCUUGAAAAAAUCAAUCAACUCCUUCAACCAGCCAACAGAAGAGCAAAACAAAAAAAAAUGGAUCUCCUCUAAUCACUUGACGAAGCCCCCACGAAGACGACAAAAGACGGUGCUGCCGUAACGAGAGACCCGCAACACUGAUCUUAAUUUUCUGCGGCAUUGUUUCUCGGGGCAGAUCUCCAAUCUUACUGUUUCUUCUUCAUCGCUUCACAGAGCCUCGGUCCUGUUCCAGCAUCGAUCCGGCCAAACCGGGAAAGAACUACACGCGCGCUCUCUCUGAACCGGGGAAUGCCAAGUGAGAUCGAGUGCUAAGAGGUGCCCAGGAAAAAGAUGCGAGAAAAAGAUCACUCACCAAGAAAGAUGCUCCCCAGUCCCAAGCAGGCUGCGGUCUAUCCGCUACUUGGCCUCGGGUCAACCAUUUCGGCCCAGCUUCCCUUCGACUUCUCCACCAACAGCCGAUCCUCCUCGUCAAACCUGCUACACCAACAGCAGAGUCUGCUCGAUCAACCAUUGGAUCUACGAGUGGAACACAAGAAGUCAUCCAACAGUAGCAGUUCGACCUCGGACGAGGAAGAAGUCCCUCGGACUCCGGCCGAGGACGUCACCAAACCCAACAGUGUGAUACCUUUCCAGGACAACAACAAUAACAACAAUCUGAGCAACAAUAACACCGAUAGCAGUAAUAAAAGUCCAAGUCCCAUCAACCAUAACAACAACAAUAACAACAACAACAACAACAACAACAGCGUCAAAUAUACCAACAACAAUCACAUCAAUGUGAAAGAUGAGUUCCGAAUAUCCAAUCUAGCGAACCACAGUCCACCGAUCUUCCCGCCACCGGGGAUCAACCCGCUCAUGCUGGAAGCGAUCGCGAAGGCUGGUCUCCCACUACCCGGCUACCGACAGCACUCUUUCCUCCCCGCUCGAUCACCCGUUUCGUACGAUCUCCAACGACUAUCUCAGCUGAGGCAAUCAGCCAACGGGAACGGAAUCGCCAACAACAACAACAACAACAACAACAAUAACAACACCAACAGCAUCAACCACAACCUUCCGCCCGGAGCCACCAAGAACAAGGAUCGCUACUCGUGCAAGUUCUGCGGCAAGGUGUUCCCUCGAUCCGCCAACCUAACGCGCCAUCUCCGGACCCAUACCGGUGAGCAGCCGUACAAGUGCAAAUACUGCGAACGUUCCUUCAGUAUAUCGAGCAACCUGCAACGCCAUGUGCGAAACAUCCACAACAAGGAGCGCCCCUUCAAGUGCGCCCUCUGCGAACGGUGCUUCGGUCAGCAGACCAACCUCGAUCGCCAUCUCAAGAAGCACGAAGCCGACGCUGCUGGGUUGGGGCUCGGUCUGGACGAACGCCUUCGGGCAGCCCGACGGAACUCGCGAGGCAUUCCGGAGGAUUCCUACUUCGAAGAGAUCCGCUCCUUCAUGGGCAAGGUAACGCAACUACCGAUCCCGCUGCGAAUGCAACACCACCAGGCGGCGCAGCAUCCGCAGCUGCACCAUCAAUCGUUGGCUCAGGUGCAACAGCAGGCCCAACAGCAACAGCACCAGCUGGAUCAGAGUUCUUCCCGUAGCUCGACGCCGUCGGAACCGGCUUCGCCUGCCGGCAGUUCGCACAGUGCUCACCUGGAGAUCAAGAUGGAGACCAACGAUGAGGACGAGGAGGAUGCAGAGCAGGUGCAGGUUACCUGACCGGUUGACGGACAGCACCAGCACCGGUGCGAUUAGA